AUGGAGGUCCUGAUUCGUCGAGCGGAUCUAGACGCCAAGGCCGUGGGUGCAGAUCCGGAGCAGCAGCUACCGCCGUUGGUAUUUAUCCAUGGCAGUUACCACGCCGCGUGGUGCUGGGCUGAUAAGUGGAUGCCGUAUCUGUCGGCGCUGGGAUUCGACUGCUUCGCCAUAAGCAUCCUCGGUCAGGGUGGAAGCGACGUCCCGAACGCGCCUGUGGCUGGGACCGUUCAGUCCCAUGCUGCUGACGUGUCAAACGUUAUCCGCCAGCUCGUUGGCCGGCCGCCGGUCCUAGUUGGACACUCGUUCGGCGGGCUGAUUGUGCAGGCGUAUCUUGCUGACGUGGCAAAUAACUGGGAGAGCAGCAAGGAUGACGGAGUCCCCUUCGCCCCUCUAACGGGGGCUGUGCUCGCCUGCUCUGUGCCGCCCACUGGCAACAUGGAGCUAGUGAAGCGCUACAUGCGCACGCGCCCCAUCCUGUCCAUCAAGAUCACGCUCAGCCUGGCAGCCAAGCUCUUCCGCUCCUCGCUCUCCCUCUGCCGCGACUCCUUCUUCUCCCCCGCCCUCCCCGAAGCUGAAGUCAAGCGCUACCAGGCUCUCCUCUCCGACAGCAGCAAGCUGCCGCUGUUCGAUCUCAGGCUGCUCAACGCCUCCCUCCCCGUGGCCAUGCCGCCGGCCUACUGCCCGCCUGUCAUGGUGCUGGGCGCUGCUGAUGACGUCAUCGUGGACGACCAGGGCGUGAAGGAAACAGCGGAGUUCUUCAGCACAGAGGCAGUGGUGCUGCCAGGCAUGCCGCAUGACAUCAUGCUUGACCUGGGAUGGAAGGAUGCUGCCGAUUCCAUGCUCCAGUGGCUCGCCAACCACGGAGCCAUCCCCAAGCAAUAA